AUGGAGUCAAUUCGCCCAUGCCUGGCGAGGGUCCGCCUUUCAGUGCCCUCGAGAGCCUACAGACCGCUCUAUCAAUGUCUACACACUUCGGCCGCGCGGGGCGCCACGCCGUUGCCCCAUCCGUCAGUGCCCGGACCACCGCCUGAGACACCCCAGGCACACCCGUCAGAUGCAUCGGAGCGGGUGGCGCGCAAGAGGAAGCAGGCAGACAUGAUGAAACAGGCGCGAGAGAUGCGUGACGUCUACUCGUCCUCCAACAAGCCCAAGAACAUGCUGGCCAAGCGCUUCUGGAAGGACGUCUCGGUCCAGGAGGGCAAUGGCGGCCUGCAGGUCUUUCUCGAUCACCGACCUGUCCGCAUGCCCAACAAGCAGACGCUUACAGUGCCCACGUCGAAGCCCCAGCUGGCGACUGCCAUUGCCCUUGAAUGGGACCUGCUCAUGAGCGCACAACAGGCCCUCAAGAACGACUACAUACCCAUGACGUCGCUCGCAGCGCGCGCAAUCGACAUUGAGGCGGCAGACGGCGAGGGGAGGGACAACGUCCGAAACGACAUCCUCGCCUACUUUAUGCGCGUCUUGUCCACAGAUACGCUGCUCUGCUGGGCGCCGGAGAAAGUCAUGAACGACUCACUGCAAGACGGCAAGACACUGCGCCAGGUCCAGGAGGAAGUGGCCACGGGCAUCAUUGCCUAUCUCCAGACAAACGUCUGGCCGGGCGUCGAGAUCAAGCCCACGCUCGACCCAGAGACCAUCAUCCCCGUCGAGCAGCCCGAGUUGACACAACAAGUGAUUCGCGGCUGGUGUGCACGUCUCCCCGCCUAUGAGCUCGCUGGUCUCGAGCGUGCGGUGCUGGCGUCCAAGAGUCUCCUCGUCAGUGUGCGCUUGAUCCACGAAUGGGGCGAGGCAUUCGCACAGUCGCGCAAGACGACUGAUGCGCAUCGCUUCAGUAUUGAGGAUGCGACCAGGGCGUCGAGUCUGGAGGUAUCGUGGCAGACGUCGCAGUGGGGCGAGGUAGAAGACACACACGAUGUUCAGAAGGAGGAUCUGCGGAGACAGCUGGGUAGCGCCAUUGUUCUCGUAGGCGGCGAAAGCUCAUGA